UCCAAAUUUGAGGGAGUUGUAUUUUCUUGUAGCUUAUUCCUCCUUAUUCUUAUCCACUCACAAAAGCUUCCCUAUGGACCCUUCUUAUGAAUUAGCAUCAGCAGGGGAAUUCAGUGGAUCUGAGUCUGGAUGGACCACUUAUAUUGGAUCUCCUAUUCACAAUGGAACCUAUGAUGAUGAUGAGGAGGAGCAAAGUGUAGAUAUGGAAGACUAUGGCAACAAAUACAAGAAUGUUCAUGAUGAUAAUGAUGAUAAAGGUGAGAACAAUGAUGAGAAUGAUGGAGAUGUUGAUUAUGAAGAGAGUGAUGAUUCAAUGGCAUCUGAUGCAUCUUCUGGUCCAAGUCACCUUCAACUUGUGUGUGUAAACAGUGAGGGGAGUCAUCACCAUGGCUUGGAUUUCACAAAGCAUGUAGAGAAUGAUCAUGAGAAGAUCCUCUCAGCAAAGAGAGUCACCAAACAGGCAAGGAAGACAAAACAUGUAGGAAUGGUUGAAAGAGAAGAGUAUUCAGCUGUAGCUGCAGAUAGUGCUGCUAGUCAUGUUUGAGGAGGAGCAAGGUAUAGCAGAACUUAUCUACCGACAAGGUACAGUAAUAACCAAAGGUUCUACAUGCGCUAGUUUAAAAGCCUGUGAUAUGAAGCUUAGAGGAAGAUAAUGUAAGUUUCAUAUAUAUGAAACACAAUUGAAGUGUGGUCUAAGCAGAUGAUUUAUAAAGCUCUCCUGCAUUUAAGAUUUUGAUUAAUCAGAAUGUGCUUUGA